AUGAUAGUUGGCAAGGAGGAGGAGGAGGAGGAGGCGUGGUGGUGUGGCGCUCCGUGGGUCUUCUCCUGCACCCUCGGACAAACCAAUGACCUAAAUAAGGAGCUAUGGACAAACGCUCCUCCCCCAGCACCACCCCACACCCCGCUCCCUCGUCAGUAUAUAACCCACUGGGGACGCUACGGGAGCCUUAGCAACACAGACGGUCACAGGAGCUGGCAGGGUCAAAAUGAGCGUGACCACGGCUCGCCUCAACACCUCGAGCGCCACGUGGGUGACCUCGGGAACAUCCUCGCGGACGAAAUCGGCACCGCGCACGUCGACAUCCUGGACCCGCUCAUCACGCUGGAAGGGCCGACUUCGGUGAUCGGGCUCGCUAUCGUUGUGGACGAAAGGGAGGACGACCUGGGCACCGGCGGACACCCCUCCAGCCUCACGACGGGCAACGCUGGCGACCGUGUGGCGUGUGGCGUCAUAGGCAAAGGGCGUUAUUAAUAGGCGCACCUAACAUCGUAGCCGAUCCAGGAUUCAGGACGUUUCCUAAGUAAAAUAAGGUAAUGUUAUAAUUGUAUUUCGAAAAGAAUCCUUAUAACCAAAAACUAACUAAAAUUAUGAGUAUUCUUUUUCUUGAAUACAACAUUGAAUAAAGAACAGAACAAUUAUAUGAAAAUACGUAUACCACCGUUGCCAGAUUGUCGUACUCAGAGCACAGUAUUCAACGCUUUCUGACCCCUAACUAUUGCCAAGAAACAUCAGGAUCUAACUCUUUUAACGAUAACUAUAAAUUAGUUUCGUUAUUGGAGCCCAGAAGACAGUUUUGGGGCAGGAAGUUGGGAAAUAAAAGCUGGCGUCCA